AUGGUGCUGCGCAUCUACUCGAUGACGCGGCGCAUCGUGCUGGACAACGCAUAUACGGAGGGGUCGAGGUGGGCGCGCGGCAACGUAGUUGGAAGCCGCCUCGCGCCCCUCUGCCUCAAGAUGGUCAUCUUCGGGGAGCUGGACGGAAAAAUCGCCAACUUCCCGCGGGCCUCGGUCUGCCUCUUUUUCGACGGCCUGGCGGUCGCCACGCGGGGCGCGAGGGUGUUUGCGCAGUACUGGCAAACGCAGUCAGUGCAGGCGCUCGUGGACAUGUUCGAGCGGCUGGACAUGAAGGUCUCCAAGGGCGCGGAGGGCAAGACGGUCACCAUGGCCUCGACCACCGCGCUGCAAGACGGCCUCGCCAGGCGCGCGCACCCGCUCGGCAUCAAGAUGGUGCGACGCGCUGGUCACCUCGGCGUCGCCACCGCUGCCGGCAGGAGAAGACGAGUCAGCGCCUUCAGCAAGAGGGCCAGCAAGUACGCAGCGCGGCGAGGUCGCAUCGCCCGCAUACGCCGAGUCAUGGGCAUGGCCAACGCCACCCUCGCCUCCCUGCGGCAGAGCGUGGCGACCUCCUUCAGGGGUAACACCAUGGGGAGGUCGUCGCCGCUCACGCUGCUUGCGCACGGCGCCGACCCCGCCAUCCGCGCCAACACGGAACCGCUGGUCAACUGGGCCAUGGCGUGGCAGGAGGUAGCCAACCAAGACGGCCUCCAGGCACAGCUCCAGAGUGCGUGGAAGAAGUGGGUACUACGAGUGGGGCGGGCAAGAGCCCCAUGGCAGCAGGUGCGAGGGCCCGCAGGGGCCUUCAUCGCCACGGUGCAGAGGCUGGGCUGGGAGACGCUCGCGGCGCACAGCAUCACCAUCGGCGAGGAGCACCUGGACCUCAGGACGCUGUCGCUCAGAUACCUGAAGCAGCGCAUCAGCACGGCCACGGAGAACGGCCCCAAGAGCGACUGGCUGCGCAUCCACGGCGAGAAGCACGGCCUGGACAGCAUCUUCGUGGAGCCCGUCGCCGCGCUGCUCAAGAGACCGCUGAGCAAGAAGUGGACGCUGGAGCACCAGACGCGGGUGCGCAACCUGCGGUGCGGCGGCACCUGGCCGCAGCGACAUCUCUGCGACAAGGGCGCCGCAGAGGACAGCACAUGCAAGGCCUGCCACGAGUACGAAGGGGCGGACCGCCACAGGACGUUCGCGUGCUCGGCCAGGCAGGAACACCGACGGAGAGUGGGAGGGCACCACAUAUGCCAUCGUGAUGCCAUGACGUGGCCUGGAGCGACGGAAGAGCAGCUGGCGGCCUCCGAAGCGCUCCGGGGGAGAGGGCUCGCAGCGGACCCAGCGCUGGAGUACGACCUCUGGAACUUGCCCUCCUCAUCCACCUGCGAGGUGGAAGGCACCUUUGACGGCCUCGUGCACGGCGAUAUCUACACGGAUGGCAGCCUGUUGUACGGGGCAUACCCAGCACUGAGAAGAGGCGGCUGGUCCUUCGUCAAGCUCGACAAUGAGCACCAGAUGGAGUACGCCAUGUUCGGGCCGUUGGAAGGGCCGCAGCACGACCACUCGGUUUACAAGAUCGAGCUGACGGCGGUCCCCCGGGUCUUGCGGAGGGCCGUCCUGCCUGUGCGGAUCUUCAGCGACUGCCAGGCGGUGCUCGACGGCUUCGCGAGAGGCCCCGAGUGGGCCGCCAGAGCUGACACGACCCACAAAGAGGUCUGGCAGGAGUGCUGGCGGCUC